AUGAGUGUUUCUUCUUGCCUUUCUUCAACUAGGGUUUGUUUCAUUAUCACUUUAAACAUGAUUCUGGUUAUUAUUGGCCUAGCAAUCAUGGGUGCUACUUCAUUCUAUGGAAUGGCAGUUUCCAAAGAGUUUGCACCGAACAUCUAUAUUGGCCUCUCAACUGGAUUUGUGACAUUUUUUUUCUCUCUUCUCUUAGUAUGUGGAAGCUACCGCUCUCGCUGCUAUCUCCUUACUUACAAUUUCAUCAUGAUUCUCCUUUGUCUGGCGGAAACGAUUUUUGUCAGCAUGUAUUUUAUCAAUGAUACGCGGGACAUCAUCAAGAAGAUUUUGGAUUUCCCUGAUAAUUACUAUACGUUCAUUGAAGAGAAUUCAACGCUGAUUUUAAUUGUGGGAGGAUGCAUUGUCGGUGUCCAGUUCCUCGCUGUCAUCAUGGCAGGAAUCCACGCUUCCGAACUCAAGAAGACUCCCAGCGACACGCCUCUUCUGCCUACGAAUGAUGUCCAGGAGCAUCGCAUGACUUAUGCAGAGCGCGCCAGAGAAAAGUACAAUCUCGACAAGUACCGAGAUUGAGUUUCGAACAAAUAUAAUAAUACUAUAAAUA